GCAACGGUGUCAUAUACAGGCGUCAGGUACCGGGUGCAGUGUUUAAAGUUACAUGUGUGGUUCGCUUAACGGCUCACGAAUUGCACCGAAAUCCCACGCUUUAACCGAGGCACGAAGCUGCACGGUCCAUGGACGUUGGCAGUAUCGUUGCUCCCGUUGAACCGCCUGGCUCCGGAGCCCCCCCGCCCCCCAACACUGCGUCGAGCUCUGAGGGAGGAGGCAUGUGAUCUGAUGGAUUGCUGAGAGCAGGCUUUCCUUUGGUCUCUGCCACAUCAGAGGGCUAAAACUAUGGAGUCUUCCUCUGAUGAAGAGGAGGUGCGUACCUUCGUCCAAGUCGUCAGUGAAAAGUACAACCCAGAGAAUUUCCCUUAUGGCCAAGGCAUAGGAAUUGUGCUGCUGCCAAGUCCUCCAGGAUCUCCUGUCAAAGAUCGCCUCUUCUUGCCCAGUAUACUGGUUCUGAAUGACUGUGGAAUCAGUAAAGCUGGGGACAAGUCAGACAUUGCAACUUUCUGCGCUCAUGUGGUGGAGGUGGACCUGUCCCAUAAUCAGCUUAACGACUGGGGAGAGAUCUGUACGAUUGUUUCAAACAUCCCCCACCUGGACUUCCUCAAUCUGAGCAAGAACCCUCUGAGCGGCGUGGAGCUGGAGCCCAGCAUGGCCGACGUUUUCUCCAGAGUCAGACGACUAGUCCUUAUCAACACGCACGUCAGCUGGGACACGGUGCACACCCUCACAAGGCACACGCCAGAACUGGAGGAGCUUUUCCUGUGCCUCAAUGACUACACCACAGUGUCAGAAUCCCAGACGUCUUGUCUGUCACUGCGCCUGCUUCAGAUUACAGAAAACCAGCUGCAAGAAUGGGCAGAAGUGAGGAAGUUUGGGUUGAUGUACCCCCGUCUGCGCGCACUGGUGCUGGCCAAUAACAGUGUGAGCUCUGUGGGAGACAGUAAAGAAACCCUGCAGCGCCUCUUCCCCAGCCUGCGCAGCAUCAACCUUAACAACUCAGGGCUUAGUAGAUGGGAGGACAUUGAAAGGCUGAAUUUCUUCCCUAAACUGGAGGAAGUCAAAGCAAAGGGCAUUCCUCUAUUACAGCCCUACUCCACCCAUGAGAGACGCAGCCUCCUUUUAGCACAGCUGCCUUCAGUCAAGGUGUUGAAUGGCGGCGCAGUAUCGAAUGGAGAGAGAGAGGAUGCUGAGAGGUUCUUCAUAAGGUUCUACCAGGACAGCCUGCAGCAGGAUCUGGCUGAAAGAUACCGCGUCCUCGUGUCCAAGUACGGUCAACUGGCCCCGCUGGCAGAGGUGGACCUCAGCCCCCGCUGCACCGUGGUGGAUGUCCGCUGGGGUGACAGGGUGGAGGCUGUCAGCCUCAGCUUGGAGCAGACAGUAGUCGAGCUCAAGAGACACCUCAGGGCUCUGCUCCAGCUGCCCACCAACGGCAUCAGGCUCUUCUACAUCAACCGCGAGAUGUGCUCAGUCUUGGGACCGGAGGAGUUAAAGUGCGGCAGCCGGGCCCUUCAUUCCUACAGCAUCCGAGAUGGGGACGAGAUACUCGUAGUGCCCAAAGCAAAAAGUGACUGCAGCCAGGGGCCAAGUCAGGGGCCGCUGUGCUUCUAGGGCAAAGUGGAUACUUACUGGAUACUAAGAUUUGAUGUUACAGAUUUGAAUGUCAGGAUGCUUGUGCCACCAUUGUGACAAAUUUGUACAGUAGCAAAUACGCACAAAAGGGGUUCUACAUUCACAUCACAGAUUUAAUGCUCAGUGUGGCUAAAGCUAAAACUGCAGUUUAAUCAAACCAUGCUGCAAAGAGUGCUCCAAACAAAACAGUUGCCAAUAUUAUUGCAAAAUUGCACAGUUCUAAAACCAAAAAGUAUGUUAUCUUUGUUAGUUUGAUUAGAUCGAACAUCCCCCAAGUUGUCCGACUGGCUGCUGACCCUUCUGCACCACGCAUGUGGCCUAGAAUUUGUUUUAUUCAAGUUGAACUUAAACGACAAAAGGUGUAAUAACACAUAUAUUAGGGUUAAAAUGAGACUGUACGAAAACCACCUUCUGAGGUUUGGUUGGAAAUUUGUGAGUUUGAAUAUAAUAUAAACCUAAAUAAAUGCAGCCUUAUCCUAAUUCACGUGUUGGGGAAAAACAACAUUUUGUUGUUUUUCCAAACAUUUUGAAAGUCUCAAAGACACUUUAUUUGAUAUUUUAGAGAUGAAUUAGUCAGUGAAUUGCCUGAUUUAGUUGCAUUAGUGUUCAUACAUCAAACGCUCUUUACCUCUUCCUGUUCUUCCCAGACCAGUUAAUUCACAUGACUGGUUAAGUAUCCUGGGAUAACCCCCAGCUGAUGCACAAAUGCACUGGGGUGUGCAGACCACGGAGCACAUGGCUACUGCUCGCCCUCUCAGAAAGACGAGACAAGCCCGAGGUGAGCUUGGGUCCGGGACAGAGAAAAGAAGGGAGUGUUGAUGCUCAAGUUACAUCAGCUCUUCUAGUUGUCCAGCCUAUGAAUGGAGCGAAGCCCCAUUCAGCUCCCAGAGGUUGCUGAGAAACGCUGAGGCCCCCUCCGUAUGGUAACCAUACACUGGCCACAGUGUCACGGUCACUUCCGCAGCAUUUAGGGUAGAAUGCGUCCACCCGACAGACUGGUCCCCCCUCACCCGUUCACCAUCUCUCCUUUACAUCCGUCUCACAAACCUGACACUUGUGGUCUCUGCUGUUUCACAAGACAUGGGGUUGUACACUUUUCCUCUGGGUCACGUUGGCGAUGAUUACUUUCUCAAACCGGGAUGAGAAGUUGUGCAGGUGCCCAUGUAGCACUGAUUUGGUUUGUUUCUAUAUCUUCCUGAAAUGAACCCCUGAUUGUUUCCCAGUGCUGCACAAACAUUUACAAAUACUAUGCUUUGUUCUUAUUUUAGAGGUUUUGGAGCUACCGUGAUAAAAAUGUUUUUCCCUUCUACAUUUUUGUACAAUUUUACCUACAGUAUGUGAUGUUCAGCCUUGUGUUACCAGAACCGUGUGUCACAGUCUUUGAGCUGUUUGGAUUGUCGACACCUCAUGACACAUUAUUCUUUGUGUAGUUGAUAACUGGCGUGUUUUUUUGUCUUGACUGACUUGCAUGUUUCAGAUUUUGAUUGAAUGGGUAAAUGAGAAAUGAUGGGAUGAGCGUGAACCUGUUUUUGUAGGUUGCUGUACUGGUUUGCGUGUUCUGAUAUGUGUGAUUUAGUGUGUAGUAAAUGUGUAAUUGCAGGGAGAUUAAGAUGUUUAUAGACAUUGGUAAAUGUUGACGUUGUAAAAAUACCCGCUUCGGUCACCUUCACCUCUGUCAGUAGAACCAAAUACAAAGAUUACUCACAUUAUUUACAGGUUUACAGUUUCUCUGUCCUGAUUAGUGUAAUAUUUAAUUUAUGUCGCAUUUGCUUUCUGUACUUGUGUUUGUUGGCAUUUUCAGGGGUGAAGUCUGGUUUGCUUUCUGGAGCUCAUGAUGCAAUUUUCUCACCUAUACUGUAUAAUGGUGCUUUCGCAUCUCUUAAAGAAAUAAAUUCUAUUUAUCUCA